CACAGUACGCUACCCGUCAUGCCGCGUGCAGCUUGCUCAUUUAUAUUUAUGAGGCGUUUCUGCAAGUGAGGCUGCUGGAUAUUAUUGAUGAGGCUUGCUUGUGCUCGGCGAGGAAAACGGGGCUGAUUUCACUUUUCCACAGCGCACCCGCCUUUCGACCAGUCAUCCACCCGCGUCUCGAUGCAGAGGCUGCUCGCGCGCGCGAGAGGAUGUGUGUGCUUUUCUGAGGGAGACCGAAAUUCGUGUAUAUUUUGGGAUUUAAGUCGUAUAUUUCGUAUAAUUUGGGAUAUUUGUGAUUAAUUUAUAUUUUCGACACUAUAUGGAUGCGGUAAUGAUGGUUCUUCAUGUCGGGAUUUCCUUUCUGUGCUUCUUUGUAGCGGUGAUGAGCUCUGUGGUACAUGCCAACAUCUCCCUUCCUCAUUACGGAGACGCCUGGGUAAAGACGAGGACUCGGCGUGAUGACGGCAGGUUCCUCGGGAGAGAAAACUCGGUACCGGUCCGGUUAGUGUACCGAAUGGACGGAGACAGUCAGACCGCUCAUGAUGUUAUGAACACAAGGGUUCGAAUGAGUUCUGACAGUAAACAGAAUCAUGUGGCCCAGGCUAGUUUCCAGGUGCAGGCUUUUGGGGAGACCUUCAUUUUAGAUGUGGAACUGAACCAUGAUCUUCUAUCAUCAAAUUACAUUGAGAGGCACAUAUCAGAGGAGGGAAAGUCAGUCAUCACCAAACAGGGUGGAGAACAUUGUUAUUACCAUGGGAAAGUACGUGAUAUUCUGAAGUCAUAUGUGGCGCUCUCAACUUGCCAUGGAUUACAUGGAAUGUUCUUUGAUGGGAAUCACACAUACAUGAUUGAACCGGGAGGAGAGAAUACUAAGAGUGGGGAGGGUCAUGUGCACAUGAUUUAUCAGUCUCCUGGUUUUGAACCCCCAGAGGACUUUAUUUCUGCAGUUCCUCUGGCAGAGUCACCAUUCCAGAACGCUCCACUGUCCAGUGCAGCUCACAGGAGGAAAAAGAGACAGAUAUCUCGAAAUCCAAGGAGUGUUGCAGAUGAGACCAAGUAUAUUGAGCUGAUGGUUAUAAAUGAUCAUUUGAUGUACAAGAAGCAUCGCCUUUCCAUUGGACAAACAAAUAACUAUGCCAAGUCUGUUGUAAAUAUGGCUGAUCUGUACUUCAAAGAGCAACUCAACACUAGAAUUGUCUUGGUUGCUAUGGAAACAUGGGCAGCAGACAACAGGUUUAACAUCAAUGAUGACCCCAUGGUAACAUUACGAGAGUUUAUGAAGUACCGAAGAGACUUUAUUAAAGAAAAGAGCGACUCCGUUCACCUCUUCUCGGGCAACCGCUUCCAUAGCAACUGGGGAGGAGCCUCUUAUAUGGGUGGAGUCUGCUCACUCACAAAAGGAGGUGGAGUCAAUGAGUAUGGAAAGACUGAGGAAAUGGCCAUAACUCUCGCUCAGUCACUGGGACAAAACAUCGGCAUCUUUUCUGAUAAGAAGCGUAUUUUAAAUGGGGAGUGCAAGUGUGAAGAUAAAUGGUCUGGCUGCAUAAUGGAUGACGUUGGCUUCUACUUGCCCAAGAGAUUUUCUGACUGUAAUGUGGAAGAGUAUCAUAAUUUCCUCAACAGUGGAGGUGGUGUCUGUCUCUUCAACAAACCCUCUAAGCUCUUGGAUCCUCCAGAGUGUGGUAAUGGUUUUGUGGAGGCAGGGGAGGAGUGUGACUGUGGAAGCCCAGCUGAAUGUGCUAUAGAAGGAGAGGACUGCUGUAAGAAAUGCAUGCUGACUCAGGGAGCCAAAUGUAGUGAUGGUCUCUGCUGUAAGAACUGCCAGCUGGAAUUUAUGGGUGUCCUCUGUCGUGAGGCUGUCAGUGACUGUGACAUACCUGAGAUGUGCACUGGGAACUCAAGCCAGUGUCCCUCAAACCUACACAAGAUGGAUGGAUACACCUGUGAGAAAGACCAGGGACGAUGUUUCAAUGGCAGGUGCAAAACCAAGGACAGGCAGUGCAAAUACCUCUGGGGAGAGAAAGCAACAUCGGCCAAUAAAUUCUGCUAUGAGAAACUCAACAUUGAGGGUACAGAGAAGGGCAACUGCGGACGUGACAAAGACACCUGGAUUCAGUGCAAAAAACAGGAUGUACACUGUGGAUAUCUGCUGUGCUCCAACAUUUCUCCAGCCCCUAGACUAGGAGAGUUGCAGGGAGGUUUGACCUCGUUCUCUGUGGCUCAGCACAGCGCCUCACUGGACUGCAGUGGAGGACAUGUGCUGAUUGACGGGGACUCUGAUCUGGGUUACGUGGAGGAUGGAACUGCAUGUGGGACAGAUCGGAUCUGCUUCAACCACAAAUGCCUUCCAGUGCAGGAAUUCAACUUCAGCACAUGUCCUGGCACUAAUGACAAGUUGAUCUGUUCAGGACAUGGGGUGUGCAGUAAUGAGCUCAGGUGUGUGUGUGACCUGGGCUGGGCAGGUGAAGACUGUAACUCCACCUCUAGUUUGAGUUACUUGCUGGUGCGACCUACAGCCAAAACAUCAGGGAUUAUGACUACUAACAUCAUCAUAGGGGCCAUUGCAGGCUCUAUCCUGGUCCUCACACUAAUUCUAGGAAUUUCCGCAUGGGGAUACAAGAGCUACAGACAGCGUCAGUAUGUUGAAUCUGACGUGCACAGAAGAUUCUGUCGGCAAAUGCCGCCGGGUGAUUACGUAAAGAAGCCAGGAGACGCUGAUUCUCUCUACAGUGACAUGCCUCAAGGCGUGAGCCCCAACUCCGGAAGCAGCUCCAAGAAGAGGUCUGCUUACCUGUCUCACCUCCAGAUCAACACUUGCUCUUUCACCCCAUCUAUCCCCUCCAUCAGCCAAAACAUCUCUCUGUUCGGUUUCAGAUCUAACGGUCUGUCGCACUCCUGGAGUGAAAGAAUCCCGGACGCCAAGCACAUUUCUGACGUCUGUGAAAACGGACGACCCAGGAGCAACUCAUGGCAAGGAAACAUCACAGGCACCCGUAGGAAGCUCAAGGGAAAGAAAUUCCAUCCUCGUUCCAACUCCACAGAGACGCUGUCACCGGCCAAAUCGCCCACUUCUUCAACGGGCUCCAUUGCCUCCAGCCGGAGAUACCCCUACCCCAUGCCUCCACUCCCAGAUGAGGAGAGGAAGGCCAACAGACAGAGUGCCAGGCUGUGGGAAACAUCAAUAUAAAAAAACUGGUUUGCAAAACUCUGUGAGGAUUUUCAUCUGCUUUUGUAUGAAUGAGAAAAUUAAAAACCAAUAAGAAAAUAUGGAAUUAAAAUGGAGAAACAGAAAAAUGUGAGUGGAAAUGUUGGGCGUGGUCUCCUCCGAUGUCUGUUCAGCAUUUGUGGUGUGAAGCCGUCUCACCGUGGAUGUUGAAGAGCACGGUAUUACAUUCCCAUUUCUGCUGUCAUUCUUAAAAAGGACUCAGGAACAUGACUUCAUCACGAGACAAACCCGAAGUGGCAUCUGUGCUGAACAGAUACACAGGCAUCAACAGCCACUCGUGCCCUCAGUUAACCCCACCUUAUUGUGACCCAUGGCCUGCCCCGCCUCCAAACACACAUGCUGUCUUGUGAUUGGUGCCGUAAUUGCCCAGGUGCAAGAAGCUCGUAUAAGAGCAGGAAGUAACUUUGUUUUGAAAGCACGCUGUCACUGUAGAACCUACUGCUGUAUGCAUGAGAAAACAUGUUUAUCGAUUCCUUGUAGUGUAAUAAUGUAAAAAUGUUUGAAGAUAUUUCACUCAAGGGGGCCGCAUGUAUUGGAGGACAGCUCUGUAGGCUGGUAAGAUUUGUUUAUGUUUUAAACAUCCUUCCAAGUUCUCAUCACAGUUCCUACAGUCACAUUUUCUCAGCGAAUUUUGUACAUAUGUCAUAUAAUGCAGAAACACCAAUUGAAAUGUGAGAUUGUAGUAUUUUUCGGUUUCAUGUUUGGUUGUGGAGAGCGUGGCAGAAAUGUUCUUCUGCUUUAGAGAGUUUGUCCUGUGAUUGUCUUCCUAAAUUUCCAAAAUUCAUCUCAAAUCCCCUUAAGCCUAGCAGACCUAGACAGAAAUUUUAAGUAAAAAGCAAACCAACUUUCUUUAGUGUGUGCACUUCCAUCAUGUUCCAAUUAAGAUUUUGUUGUCACAGAUGUUAUGAUAAAACUCUUGGAAAAAAAAAACUUGUUUGACAUCUUACUGGCCAGUUUUCAUGUACUGUCUCAAGAGAGCUGCUACGAGCAACAGCAAAUUUCCAUUCAAUGCAAAAAUGAUUAAAAAGAUAUUCCAGGUUCAUUGACAGCUUUUGUGGCAUAAUGUUGAUUACCACAAAAAAGUAUUCUGAUUUGUCACUCCUUUUCUUUAAAAAAAAAAAAAAAAAAGCAAAAAUGGUUAUUCCAGACCAGGUCGCUUGUUUCUUUUGCGAGAUCUGGCAACCCUACAAUUGAUAUUUCACCGAUCCCUUAACGUAGAGUACUGUCAUUUAAAAAAGAAUGUAAUUAACCGUUCUUUAUUUUGUUCUAAUUGGUUACCAUUUGGAAAGGUGACUGCGGAAAUUCUGAACCAGAAUGAAAAAAAUACAGUUUUUGCUCAGAAUGAACCGAAAUGAAAAACAUUUUGUUUUUAGUCCCUGAUUUUAACAUUAACGGAUUGGCCCCAUACAUUUCCAUUGUAAGAAAAGGGGGGACAAGACAAUUACAUUUUGUAGUAAUCCACAUUAUGCUACAAAUGCUGUCGACUGAGCUUCACUUGUAUUGAACCCGGUAUAUUCCCUUAACAUGUUAAGUAUUAACACAUAAAUAAACUCGUAAACUCAUAAUAAUAUCACAAGAUUGCAAAAUAAGUAAUCAUGUUUCAGAAAAAUAAAUGAACCAACAAACUAUUAUUAUGAUUUUUUUCAAAGUUAGAGUCCUAACACAAACCUAAACAUAAAGUCCAACCCCUUACCCAAACUCUAAACCUAACCAUCAAAAAUAAGUUUUGUUUACAAUAGAAAAAAGAAAACAUUUGUGUAUGGAACGAGACGAGGGGUAUUUGUAGUUCACAGAUAUUUCCUUUCUUAAAACAUUGAUAGGAGGCACGCUAAAAUGUAAUGCCUAUAUCAUAAUGAUCUGAAAUUCUGUUUGUUGAUUGGUCAGUCAUUAGACAACUUCAGGAACAGUCUGGGAGAAGAACGACCUUGUAACUGAUACAGCUUCAGUAGCUUGCGAUUAGUUGUGUCAAGUCCACACCUUAGCUGUGACAACAUGACUGAAAACAAGAAAUAUGCGCAGGGCGAAGAACUUCUGUCUUGUAACGUGCACAAGGUCUUAGUUUGUCUCUGUUUGUUUGAAAGAGUUUAUUUUCCCUCAUGCUCACAGCAGAAUGUAAUUAUUUCAUUUUUUCAUCAUCUCACGUCAUUUAUAAUUCUCUCGUAAGCGUAAGGAAUGUGAUUUUAGCUGAUUGUUUUAGGUACUUUGCUUAUUGUGAAACAUGCUGCCAUUGUCAUGGAAAUGACAAUGAAUUUUUAGAUUUCUGCUGAAGAGGAACAAUUUUGCAUAUACAGAACAUAAAGUUAACAAGAAUUACAAGAAUUCAAGAAAAUGAAGUAGAAAUUGGCAAAUCAUGGUUUGUCAUAGAUUAUAGUAGAGAUGGAAACGCUGUACACAAAAACUAAACCUGGAGACUAGUAAAUGUAAAACUACAUAUGUUUCCUUUGAGUUCAGUUAAAUUAUUAACGAGAACGUUAUACUUUUAUGGACAAAUAAAUGACAUAUUAAGAUUUUUUUUUUUUUUUGAUUAAACAUGAGUAGAAUGAAUUUCAGUGAAAAUUCUAAAUUGCUCGUAAAACUAUUCUUCAUUCUUCGUCCACAGAAAUGUUCUCAUGUUUCAUGAUUGAUGCCCAUUACUUGGUAAACAUAUUUGCCAUUUGUUUACAGCUCGACACUAUUUUACAUUGAGAAACUCUUCAGUAUCCCUCAUAAAACUUGGUCAAAUGACCAUUCAGCCUUGAUAGAUUACUUUUGCAUUCAGUAUUGUAUUAGUAAUGGUAGUUUUCAUCUGUACAUAGCCUACUGUGCGUUUGAUCUGUCUGCACUGAUUUUUUGCACUCUGCCUGUAACCCACAAGUAACAUCAGAAAACAUUGCCAUGAUGCAUAUGAAGUAUUUUUAAGGUAACUUUGUAAAGUCUUUUCCUCCCCAGUAUUGUUACCUGUACAUAUUUAAUCCCAACAACAAUUAAGUGCUUUAGAAUGAUUACUACUGCAAUAGGUUUUUGAGCAAACUGAGGUUUAGCUAAAUAUUUUUUAUUGUUUCGUAAACAGGUCGCCUUUGUACACCAUGUGGGUCACUGCUGCCCUGUUUAUGUGUUUGUAGCUGCAGUUUACGUGCAGAAAUACAUUCAAUGCCAUCGGAAUUGCUUCAUUUAAUUAAGGCCAUAAUAACUGACCAUCUGAAGCAAUACUCUCAGCUCACUAUGACCCUGAUCUCUCCGUAAAAAAAGCAGUCUUUACAGCUCACACUGGAAUAAACUCUCAGGUGGAGAGAUGCUGUUUCAGUCAAACACGAGUCUCAUCCUGAUGCCAGUCACUGUCAGGGGCGUAGAUUCCAGGGGGUAACCCCCCCCCCCAAUAAUCAAAACAAGCAAGUACAUCCCCCUCAAUAUUUAUACCAUGAUCAAUGGAAAUAUGUAAAUGCUUCAAGUUGCAACCCCCCCAAAGUUCAAGCCAAAUCUACACCCUUGGUCACUGUCAUUUUAAAACUGUAUUUGUUUAGACUUGUCAGUGCAGUGACUGGAGGAUAAAACCAAAUGCUUUUGAAUGUAUGUAGGAAAAUUCAUAUUUACACUCACCAAACGGGUCCAGAUCAUUUAUACUGGGAUCACAUUCACACACAUCCUGAACCAACUUACAAAUAUAGGACAGUGUUAACUGGAAGUGAAUAAUGAUUUUUAACACAGAUUGGUUUCAGUAGUGAAAUUGUACAUUUUGGGUCUUUUUUAAUGCCUUAUGCUAAUUCAACAGCUGUCACACACUCUGUUAUUUCUCUUCUGUUCGCAUCUGACAGUGUACACAGUGUUUGUUUUCUUCAUGGCUGUUUUCUUACAUUGUGUGCUGUACAUAGAUUGACAAUUAAAUGAUAAAGCUCAUUUUUUUCAUACAGUAUCCAUUCAGUAUUGUAAUAUAUUUAAGAUAAAGUAAAACUUUCAUUCAAAUAA